AUGAGUUAUAAUUUAUUAGAUUUGAUUGUUGAUGGAGACAAUGUUUAUUGUCGUCAACACCGCCUAGAAACAUGUAAAGAUUGUGACUACGAUUUCAAACCACUAAAUACUUUACACAAAAGUUUAAUUCCAAUAAAGGGUAACAUUCCACCACCAAAUUAUAUUAAUCAAAAUCUUUCAAAUCAAAUUACUAAAUUGAAAGAAGAAGGAAAUACUUAUCAUAAAUCACAAAAUUAUUCCGAAGCUAUUAAAUUAUAUAGUUCGGCCAUAGAGAUGGCAUUUCAAAGACCAUUUUGGGAACCGCACGAAUCAACAGAACAAGAAGUUUCGGUUUGUUUAAGUAAUAGAAGCUUAUCUUACAUUUUUUUGGAACAGUGGGUUAAUGCUUAUGUUGACGCUGAAUGGGGUAUUAGAAUUAAGCCGGAUUAUUCUAAGGCCUAUUUUAGAAAAGGUAAAGCUUUGAUGGGUAUGAAAAGAUAUGAAGAAGCCGUACAUGCUUUUGAGAUUGGAUUGGAGUUUGAACCAAAAAAUGAAAGUUUUAUUAAUGCUCUUGAAGAGGCUAGAAAAUUGGCUGGUAUAACUGAUUUAGAAUAA